AUGAAGGCUUUCCCCAAGGAUUACGUUCCCACUGUGUUCGACAAUUACAAUGCCGUGGUAAUGUGGGACGGGCUGCCGAUCAAUCUUGGACUGUGGGAUACGGCAGGACAAGACGACUUCCAGAUGAUGAGGCCCAUGUCGUAUCAGAACGCAGACAUAUUCCUCGUCUUCUUCGCCAUAGAUAACCCGGUCUCCUUCCAGAACGUCAAAUACAAAUGGAUACCAGAGAUAACGAAAGGAGACUCGAGGGAGGUGCCGCGCAUUUUGGUGGGAACAAAGAACGACUGCCGAGACGACGAGACGCGCCUGGCCGAGCUGAAGGCGAAGAACAUCAAGCCCGUCACCUACAAGCAGGGCAAGAAACUCGCCAAGGAGACCAACUGCGUGUCGUACAUCGAGUGCAGCGCCAUCACCAACAAGGGCUUCCGCGACGUGUUCGGGCAGACCAUCAUGGCCAUCAUCAACUUCCGUAGCAACAAGCGGCCAGGCUCGGCCUGCUGGUCGACCAAGUGCUUCAAGGAUUUCUCUCUCCUCUCCAAGAAGCACAAGUGCGUGCGGUGCAAUCACCAGUACUGCCCGGACUGCGUGGUGCUGCUGCCAAAAAGCCACGAGUGGGGCAACAAACUCAUCUGUAAAAAAUGUAGGGAUAUCGAAGACGACGAGCCGAUGAAGCGAAACUUUGGCAGGAAGAAGGCCGGGGCGGAGGUGAAUAACGAAGGCGAGGAGAAGGACAACGGCAGUGGCGGCAAGGUGUCCGAGGCGACGCCCGUCACAAAGGAGGCCCUCCUCGGAGGCAUUAUGCAGAGCGUGAGCCACUACGAGCCCCUGCCGGAGGGCGCCGGCGAGGAGGAGGAGGAGGAGCAGACGAGCGGUAGCAGGCGGGGCAAGGGCAAGAAGGAGAAGCUGACCGGAAGCGGAUCGAAAAAGAGGUCCGGCUCGAUUCUGAGGGGAGGCUCGAGUGGAACGUCCAUCGCGUCGUCGUCGUCGUCAUCUUCGUCUUCUCCGGCUGCCGAGCCAGCGAAGGGCUCGACGAUCAAGAGGGACAACGGCGCCGCGUAA